CGGCGGGAGAGAGACGCGGGAAGACCAAUCUCUCAAUCCUGUGCCUCAAACACCUCCCACCCACCACCAUCGCCACCACCACCACCACCACCACCACACCAACAGAAACUCCCCUACCAACCCCAACCACCACUUCUCCAGGCCACCCAGCACCACCACGCACAGCAGGAGGAAAGCAGAAGCCCUUCCCUCCCUCGCCUCACAACACAGUCCACUCGAGCACCUGGCCAGAGCACGUUCAAGCAGAGUCACAGCAGCUCUUCAGAGACAGAGACGCCUCGCUCGGGAGGUCAUUCGCCACCAGGAACAGCUGCAGACGACACCAGUGUCAGUAUGGAUCAGGAAAAUGUAAACGUAAUAUCUGAAAAUGUCAGGGAAGAUGAUGGAACACUUGACGAUGACGCAGCUGUCCAGGAGCUUGAGUCCUCUGCCAGCAGCGAGGCGACAGUUGGAGGAGACGCGGAGGCGGCGGGGAGGGAAGGCACUGAAGCCGCUACGUCACCCGCCAACACGAGAUGGGAUGAGAGUGUCAUUCGAGGACACCAGCACGCACUAGAUGGCCAGGAGUGGCUCUCUGAGGAGGACGAGGUGGGCGUGAGGACCAUUGUUGGGCUGCGGCGUGCCUCCAGGGACCUCGGGCUCAACCCUUACCAGCGCCAAGAGUCCGCCCCACAGUUCCGCUACACGCCCAUCGACCAGACAGUGUCCCCCGGGGCGCCCGUGUCCCUCAAGUGCUCGGCUGUGGGCUCUCCCCUGCCUGUGAUCACCUGGACCCGCGACCAGCAGCCCUUGCCGCCCUCCCACCGGACCAGCGUGGGCAGCUUCCGCACCGCGCUGGGGCAGGUGGUGAGCCACGUGAACCUGAGUGACGUGACGGUACGGGAGGGCGGCAUCUACACCUGCACCGCCCACAACGCCCACGGCGCCCAGGCACACUCCGCCCGCCUCAAUGUGUACGGUCCACCCUUCGUGCGCGCCAUGCCCAACGUGACCGCCGUGGCGGGGGAGGACGUGCGGCUGUGGUGCCCCGCGGGCGGGUAUCCGGUGCCCGCUGUCUCCUGGAGGAGGGACGGGCGCUCCCUCCCCUCCUCCAUCAGGCAAGAAGUGCUAAGCAACGGUACGCUGCUAGUGCGGACGGCGAGCCACGAGGACGCCGGUCGCUACUCCUGCGUGGUGACGGGCAGACAGGGCCAGACAGCCGCCUCGCACACCUUCCUGCACGUCCUCAAGCCUCCUGCCAUAGAGCCGUUCAGAUUCCGGCCCAACCUGAAGGAGGGGGAGCGGACGCAACUCACCUGUGUCGUCAACUCAGGUGAUCUGCCCAUGACCAUUAAUUGGCUCAAGGACGGAAGACACCUGCAGCACGACCCCGACAUUGACCCCAAGCAGAUCCACGAGUACUCCACGGUACUGUGGUUCAAGAAGUUGCGGGAACACCACUCGGGCUCCUACACUUGCGAGGCGGCGAAUGCAGCAGCCACAGCCAAUCACACAGCGUCUAUCAAAGUAAAGGUGUCGCCGCGGUGGGUGGUGGAACCCGCAGGAGGCACGGCGCUGGUGGGCUCCACGGUAGUACUGGAUUGCAGCGCUCGAGGCCACCCGCAGCCCGUCAUUACCUGGAUGAAGGCGCCAGGCAAGGCAGCGCAGGACUUCCAGCCGAUGGUGGUGGACGGGCUCAGGUCCUCGCAGGCAGCCAACGGGUCCCUGGUGCUGCACAAGGUGUCCCGCACUCACGCUGGCUGGUACCAGUGCCGCGCCGACAACACAGUGGGCAGCCCGCUCGCCGAGGUGGUGCAGCUGACGGUCCACGCCCCGGCCCGCGUGGUGACGGAAGGAGGACGAGUGACGGGACACGCCGGCCAGGUGGUGACGGUGGCGUGUGAGGCGACAGGUGACGACCCUCUCACGGUCACCUGGCUGAGGCACCACGCGCCUCUCUCACCAGGACACAGGGUGACGGUGAGUGAGAGCAGCGUGGGUGGCGCUGUGAGAGCAGUGCUGGAGGUGAGGGAGGUGACAGCAGCUGACGCCGGGCCGUACACCUGCCGGGCCACUAAUCCUCACGGGGACCACACUCAAGUGUUCACUAUUGCCAUCAUAGAGCCCCCCCGCGCCCCCGUGGGAGUGGAGGUGACGCAGGUGGGGAGCAGGUCAGCCCGGCUCGCCUGGAGCCUCCCCCAGCCCGCCGCCGUCACCAUCCAGUACAAAGCGGCGGAGGGAGAAACGUGGGCGUCGCAUGGGCGUAACGUGAGCGUGGGUCAGUGGGCGGCGUCACACGUGCUGACGGGCCUCUCUCCGCACCUCACCUACGCCGUCAGGCUGAUGGCGCACAACGACCUGGGGGUAUCGCUGCCCUCACCCACGCAGCUCUUCACCACAUCCGAGGAGGCGCCCUCCGGAGCCCCCAGGGACGUGAGGGUGGCGGCCGGGGGGCCCCGCUCUCUGCUGGUCACCUGGCGGGCCCCGGACCCUCGCCUCACACACGGCACACUCAGAGGCUACACGCUCGCCCUGCGCCGCCAAAACCUGCAGGGCCACUUCACCUUCAUCACCAGGCCCGUCACCGCCGCCCUCGGUGACGUGGAGGCCGUGGAGCAGUACGAAGUGCGCGGCCUGGUGCCGGCGUCCCUGUACGAGGUGGCGGUGCGGGCCUUCACCAGGGCGGGGCCGGGGCCACUCUCCUCCCCGAGGAUCGUCGACUCCACCUCCCAUGAUGCCCCGUCAUGUCCUCCCGCCGGAGUGUCGUGCCGCGGGUCAGGACGAGGAGGAGUAAGAGUUUGGUGGUCACCGCCGCCUACACACUGCGCCCACGCUCCCGUCAGCGGCUACACUGUCAUCGCCACGCCCACGCAGCACGUCCACCACUCCUCUGGCAGCAGCGCGUGGGAGGUGAACACGACCAACCUGGAAAAAAACCUGGACGCCCUGCCGCCUGCCACCAACAUCAGCGUGAGGGUGAAGGCUUUCAAUGAGGUGGGCUUCUCUCCGCCCAGCCGACCAGUCUUCUGCGUCACUGAGGACGAUGUGCCCGGUCCCCCAAGACACCUGCGCGUGGUAGUGACGGGGCCUUCAAGUCUGCUGGUCACCUGGUCGCCGCCUUGGCCCCACACUGGCAUCAUUCUACACUACACUCUCUACUCCUCUAGGGACGACCAGGCUGAGAUGCGGGACCUGGUGGGCGCCGGCGGGUCGGAGGCCACUUGGCGGGAGCUGAACGGCCUGACGGAGGCAUCCAGGAUCCAGGUGUGGGUGACGGCGACCACUGUGGCGGGGGAGGGCAGUCAGUCCCCGCGGCUCACGGCAAUACCCAAGCCCACGCCUUCCUUCGCUCCUAUUGCUGUGGGCGGCGCAGGACGUAUGUGGCGUGUUGGCGUGGGAUCCGGGGUGACUCUAGGCUGCCGGGGACUAGGCACGCCCGCCCCCACAGUAUCUUGGACCAAGGGCGGCACCACCCUCACUAGCGGUCCCCUCACGCAGCUCCUGCCCGGCGGGGACCUCCACCUCACGGCCGUGCAGGACUCGGACAACUAUACAUGCUGGGCGAGGAGCAGCGCGGGCGUGGACAACCUCACCCAUCAAGUGGUUGCCCUCACGCCCCCUGAACCACCCAGCCUCUCCCUCUCCCACGCCUCCCACCACGCCCUCAAUUUGACCGUCAUGCCAGCGGCUGACGGCGGCGCUCCCAUACUGGGCUACACCCUUCACCACCGGGGCCGCGCAGGGGAAUGGGUGGAGACGGCAGGGGAUCCGGCGGGACGUAGUGUGAUGGUACGGGGCCUGGCGUGCGGAGCGCCCCACCACCUCUAUCUCACCGCCUGGAACACCCACGGCACCUCGGCCCCGAGCCCCGUUCUCGACACCAGCACCCUGGGCAGCCCGCCGGGCCGCCCCAACCCCGCCUCACUGGUGGAGGUGAACGCCACGUGCGUCACGCUGCGGCUGUACGUGUGGCCCGAGCACGGCUGUCCCAUCACCCACUGGAAGGUGGAGCGCGGCAAUGAACUGAGCGGCUCCUCGUGGACCACCCUGCACGCCCGCGUCACACGCGACACCGGUGACCUUGGCCUGUGUGACCUGCACUCGGGCGCGUGGCACCUCCUUAGGGUGACGGCAGCCUCUACCGCCGGGGACACGUCGGUGCUGUACCGCGUGGCCACGAGGGACACUAACGGGGGAACCAUCGCCGCCCAGCCAGUGCAGGAGGUGUCGGUAAGCCGCGGCGGGGGAGCGGAGGCAUGGCUAGAUGCACACGUCGUGGCGGGCGUGGUGAGCGCCGUCCUACUGGCUGCGGCCCUUGUGAUCUGCGUAUGUGUGGCGGUGAGGCGGCAGCGGUACGGAGGUUACAGGCAAGGCGGCAGUCUGGACACCAAGGGCGGGGGCGGCGAGGACGACAACGCCCGUAAUUCUGAACUGACCCGCGCCCACCUCUACUCCCCGACGCCCACCAAGAAGCCCCGCGGUUCCCUGGCUUCCCUCAAGACCCAGGAAGAUACCUCGGAUCCCUACGAGAUCUGCCCCUACGCUACCUUCAGCGUGGGGAGCUCGGAAGGUACUCUAGAGUACGGUCUGUCCCUUCACACCCUCACCCCGCGGGACUGCCUCGACACCCCCGACACUUACAGCGACCGCCACCCGCAGCAGUCCCCCACGUACGGCCAGGUGGGGCGCCAGCGGCCUCAGUCACACUUCAAGGAGACGGAGAUUGCUUACAUCAGCAGCCGGGGCCGCGCGGAGUAUGCAAGUCGCCCUAAGUCGCUGCCGGGCGCUGCUCCUCAGUCGGGGAUAGAAGUCGCCCAGGCGCCGGCGGGAGGCAAAUGGCCCGAUGACGCACGCAAGGAUACCACCGGCAGCCGUCCGCACCGCUCCAGAAGCCGCUCCAGAGGCGACAUGCCGAAGAGGGACUCGAGCACUGAGAGCAACGACGCCUCCUCACCCGUCCCUCAGCUGCCUCACUACCAGCACCCGCAGACUCAGCAGCACCGGCACUUCAUCCAGCAGCAGCAGCAGCAGCAGCAGCCUCAGCCUCAGCAGCAGGGCGCGGCAGGGGGCGGCGCGGGGGGUAGAGCGGGCCCCCACCCUCUGCCGCCUGUCCGCCAUGCCAGAGCUCCCAGUGAGUCCUCCUCCAGCGACAUGUCUCCCCUCACGCCCCCGCGGCCCCUCCACCCUCCCUCCGCCUUUUCUGACUCCAGGGAGAUGUCUGAAGCGGAAUGCGACAGGGAGCUGCGGCAGGGCGUCUCUGGAGGGGCAGGAGGAGCCGGGCAGCGGGCGAGAGGGAGGGCGAACGGCGGGAAGACAACAGCAAGUAGUAACAAUAACAACAAUAACGUAGCGAACGAGUUACUCAUGAUGCUGAGUCAGUACGAACAGCAGCAGCAGCAACAGGAGCAGCAGCAGCAGCAGCAGCAGCAGCAGCAGCACAGCGCACACCAGAAGCCGCCGCAGAAGGUGACCACGAACGCGUCAACGGCAAAGGUCCCGUACAGCAUCAACGUGUAGUGUCGCAGCUUCAUGCAGAUAACAAGAAAAAAAAUACAAAAAAAAAAAAAAGAAGUUUUUAGUAUGCCAGGAAAAGGAAACUCGUCACCAACAGUAAAAAAAAAAAAAAAAAAAAAAGAAAAAUCUAAAAUAACGCAAAACAAACCGAAGACGCAAGUGAUCAAUGUUGUGUUAUGAAUGUGUCAAGUCUAUACGCCACAGUUUUACAUUAUUUUUAUCCCGUUUUCUUUUUCUUUCCCCCGUCCUGUUCCCAAGUCAGUGUCACUCUGCGUGUGCCGUGCCCGCCGGUGUGUUCGUCUGGCCGUGUUGUGUCCCAUGGCGGCUCAGAUGGGAGGGAACCCGGAUAUGUGUAGAGUUAAGCAAGGUCAGUUGAUGUGUGUGUGAGAGAGAGAGAGAGAGAGAGAGAGAGAGAGAGAGAUUAUAUAUGUAUGAAUCCAUUUGUUCCCUCUCACCUCCACCACCCUCCACCAUCCCUCCCAUCUCGAGUGAUCCACCUCUCCUCCACCUCCUCCACUUCCCCCCCACCACUACCACUCUUGUUCGUGAUUAACGCUUACAUUGUUCGCCGAAGGAAUGUGAUUAUUAUUACUAAAUUAAAUUCCCUAAAACAAU